UCCUUUUCAAUAUACAUACAAAUUCCUCUUAUAUAUUUCUCUUCUUUUCAAUUUUUAUUUUUAAAAAAAUGUCUCCAUCAUUGGCAAAAUCUAGUGAAAAAUUGAAGAAUGAAAUUGAAGAUUAUCAUAAAGGAGUAAAGUAUUUGCAUGAAAGUGGAAUUCAAAAAGUUCCAAAGAAAUACAUUUUUCCUAUUUCAGAAAGACCAAAUUGUUAUACUAUAAAUGAAAAUCCACAAGUUGCUAGCAAACACAAUCUUAAGUUGCCUGUCAUAGAUUUUUCUCAACUCUAUGGUCCUAAUAGAGCUCAAGUUCUUGAUUCACUCUCCUAUGCCUGUGAAAACUAUGGAUUUUUUCAGUUGACAAACCAUGGGAUUCCAGAAGAGGUAAUAAAAAAUAUGGUGGAUGUUGGAGGAAGGUUUUUUGAUCUUCCAUUAGUAGAAAGGGAAAAGUACAUGACAAAAGACAUGACAACACCAGUUAGAUAUGGGACAAGUUUUAAUCAAACAAAAGAUGGUGUCUUUUGUUGGAGGGACUUUCUCAAGCUUGUUUGUGACCCUCUUCCUCAAGUCCUUCCUCAUUGGCCUUCUUCUCCUUCUUAUUUUAGGGAAAUGGCAGUUACAUACUCUAAAGAGACCAAAAUCUUAUUUAUAAAGUUAGUGGAAGCCAUCCUAGAAAGUCUUGGAAUUAACGUUGCAACAAAAAACAAGACACAACAAAAUGAUGAAGAAAUAAUGUUAAAAGAAUUUGAAGAUGGAAGCCAGCUAAUGGCUGUUAAUUUUUAUCCACCUUGUCCUAAUCCUGAUUUGACACUUGGAAUGCCACCUCAUUCUGAUUAUGGAUUUUUAACUCUUCUACUCCAAGAUGAAGUUGAAGGUUUACAAGUCAAGUCCAAUGAUGAUUGGGUCACUAUUCAACCCAUCCCUAAUGCUUUUGUGGUCAAUGUUGGUGACCACCUCGAGAUAUUUAGCAAUGGAAAAUACAAAAGUGUGUUACAUAGAGUUCUUGUGAACUCUUUAAAGUCAAGAAUUUCAGUGGCUUCUUUGCAUAGUCUUCCAUUCAAUAGCAUAAUAAAGCCAUCACCUAAAUUAAUUAGUGAAACAAAUCCAAGUCUUUACAAAGACACAAAUUUUGCUGCAUUUCUUGAAUACUUAAAAUCUUGUGAUUCCACUAAUAAAAGUUUCCUUGAGACAAGAAGGUUAACAUGAAAAAAAAAAUGAAAUCGAACACUACCAGACAAGUUUGAUUUUAUCUGAAUCUUUAUUGAAAAAAAAAAAGAAGUUAUUCACCCGUCACUAUAAUAUUUAUACUAAAUUCCAUCAAUUCAUUAAACAUGAUGGUUGCGCUCUUGGAUGAUUAAUUAAUCACCAGACCAAUGAAGAGACUCUCCAGAAUAUGCAUUUUAAUAAAAGAAAAUUUGUUGAAAUUUUGACAAUCGACCUUUCAAUAGAAUGUACUAUUUAAUAAUCGAUCACCAGAUCAAUGAAGAGACUCUCUAGAAUGUGCAUUUUAAUAAAAAAGAAUUUGUUGAAAUUUCGACAAUCGACCUUUCGGUAGAAUGUACUGGGAAAUGAAGUGCAGCCAAAGAAUUAGGAGAAUUUGGACAAGUUUUGUUUAUUUUGACUUUUUCAUUAUUAGUUACUAUUUUUUGUAAUUGGUUAGAUCAAUUAUUAAUAGAAAUUAUUGGUUUGGUAUAUAGUUCA